UCCCAGACAAGCAGGAGUGGAGUCUAAUUAGAAUCCUCGGCGGCUAACAGACACACGUCCUGCAUGAUUGAGUCCAAAGUGGCUGACGCCGAAAAACGUGCUGGUGGAUCUGCGGGAGCUCAAUCUCGCAGUGACUCUCAGAGCAACAAGACGUUCUCUCCCCAGCUUUGGAGGGAGGCAGGACUUGAAAUUAACGCCUACGUCAAAACUCGAGGACGUUAUCAGAGAGACGGGGAGGCACGGGCGACGCAGAGCCAGAGUCGAGCCGCCGGGUCCAAGUUGCCACACGAGCCGCGCAGAUGGCGUCGGUGCUCGGGAACAACAGCCGCGCGUCCGGAGCCCAAAGCGGACAGCUAAAAUGUAAGCUGAAGAGGAGACGGAGGAGACGCUGCAAGAGAAAAGCAGAGAAAGUCAGUAUGCUGUCGGCAUUGAUCGCUCCCUUCAAGUACAUCAGCCCCGGGAGCAGCAGCACAGAGGACGAGGACAGUUUAAGUACCAGUAGCGCAGAGGUGAAAGAAAAUCGUAACAUUGGUAAUCUGGAGGAGCGGUGCAUCGGACCUGUUGACUGCCAGUCAUUAUUCUGCUCUGACUCGACAAGGAGCGGGAGUUCUGGUCUGAAAAGGAAACGGCCGCUCGAGGAAGACAACAACGGCCAUCUUUGCCAACUGCGCCUCAUCUAUAAGAAGCUAUCUUGGUCCGAAGCACCCAAAAACGCUUUGGUGCAGCUGAAUGAGCUGCGGCCGGGCCUGCAGUACCGUAUGGUGUCACAGACAGGUCCAGUCCAUGCUCCUGUUUUUUCCAUUGCAGUAGAGGUUAAUGGGCUCACCUUCGAGGGCACAGGUCCCACGAAAAAGAAAGCCAAGAUGAGGGCGGCGGAGCUCGCUCUUAAGUCCUUCAUCCAGUUCCCAAAUGCUCCUCAGGCUCAUGUCGCCAUGGGAAACAUAGCAAACCCAUCGGCCGACUUCACCUCCGAUCAGGCCGACUUUCCCGACACACUCUUCAAGGAGUUUGAAGCCUCGCCGUGCUCUGAUGGCCUAACUCUCUGCGACUCAGCAGCAGAGAGCGAACUGUUAUCCAGCGAGCUUCUCAGACACGGACGCUUACUUCGCCAUACACUAGACCUGAUGGUGCAGGCUCAGCACAGACUGGGUGGGAUUGUUCCAGAGCCUGAAGCGGCGAAGAGCCCGGUCGCUUUGCUCAACGAGCUCCGCCCUGGCCUUCGCUACGCUUGCCUCUCCGAGCGGAUCGAAGGCCGGCGACUGAGGAGUUUUGUAAUGUCGGUGAGAGUGGAUGGUCGGGUGUUCGAGGGCUGCGGUCGCAGCAAGAAGUUGGCAAAGACUCAGGCGGCCCAAUGUGCUCUUCAAGCCCUCUUCAACAUCUCGACGGCCCCUGAUGGGAGGACGGGUCUCAGAACCAGCAGGAAGAGUUGUCCUCAUUUACCCCAGGACUUUGCCGAUUCAAUAUUCCACCUGGUGAGGGAGAAAUACCGCUCGCUGGUGGGCGGCUGCAAUCCUGCGCACGCUCGACACAAAUCCCUGGCAGGCAUCGUAAUGACCCAAGACCUGGACCUGAAACACGCCCAGGUGGUGGCAGUAUCCACGGGAACCAAGUGCAUCAACGGGGAAUAUCUGAGUGAUCAAGGGCAGGUGGUGAACGACUGUCACGCCGAAGUCACAGCGCGACGAUCUCUGCUACGCUUCCUCUACUCUCAACUUGAACUCUUCUUGAGCAAAAGGCCUGAAGACUGGGAGGAGUCGAUAUUCGUGCAGCACAGGGAGUUUGGCUUCAGGUUACGAGACAACAUUCACUUCCACAUGUACAUCAGCACAUCGCCGUGUGGAGACGGAAGACUCAACUCGCCCUACGAAAUCACCUCAGAUCUACACAGUAGCAGACAUCUCAUGAAGAAGCACCGCAGCCACCUUCGGACCAAGAUCGAGUCCGGCGAGGGGACGAUACCAGUGAGGAGCAGGGGCCAGGUCCAGACCUGGGAUGGUGUCCUGCAGGGGGAGCAGCUCAUCACCAUGUCCUGCACCGACAAACUCACCAGGUGGAACAUUCUUGGGCUCCAGGGGGCGCUGCUGAGCCACUUCAUGGAGCCGGUGUACCUCCACAGCCUGACGGUGGGCAGCCUUCGACACACGGGUCAUCUGGGCCGGGUCCUAAACCAGAGGCAGGAACGUCUCGGCCCACUUCCUGCAACGUACAGACGCAACCAGCCGCUGCUCAGUGGGUUGAGUUGCGCCGACUUCCAGCAGACGGGGAAGCCCACAUGUGUGAGCGUCAACUGGACGCUGGGGGACGCACAGCUGGAGGUGGUCAACACGGCCACGGGGCGACGACGAGACUCCGGGAUGCCAUCACGUCUCUGCAAGCACGCGCUGUUCGCCCGCUGGAACAGACUCUACCGGAAGCUGGGCGUCCUCGUCUCCUGCUCGGCCGACCGCCAGCUCAUGUACUGCCAGGCCAAGAUGGCGGCGCGUUCCUACCAGACAGUGAAGCAGCAGUGGUUCAGAGCUCUGCAGGAGACGGGUCUGGGCACCUGGGUGAAGAAGCCCCCGGAGCAGGAGCAGUUCCUGAUGUCCGGCUGAACACGUGUGUGUCUGUGCGUGUGUGUGUGAGUGAGUGUGGACUCGAUCUUUUCACAUCAACAUGGCUACGUUUACAUGGGCAGCUCUCACUUCAGAUUCCAGUCAUGGCAGCCUUGCUCAACAGCAAACUUUUUUAUUUAAGUGCUGUGUGAUACGGAAGAUUCCUGGCUUUAUCUAUCAAUAACUAGCUGAAUAGGUAGUUAACCUUUUUCUUCAAUUUAUUUUCUGUUCCGCAGGAACUCAAACUACUUCACUGUCAUUUAAAUCAGGCUUUGGCUUUGAAUGAAUCUCUUUUUAUUUUUGUCCCUCAUAUUUGUUUAUUAUUAAUAGAGCUGGGACUCCUUUUGAGUUAUAUUGUAGAAACAAAGUGACAUAUCUAAAGCUGAUGAAUUAAAAUCAUUAUAUUGUUCAUUUAUUGAUAUAAAGAGAUCAACUACUUAUGGUACGUACAAACUCCAUGUAAGUCAAGUUCAUGUUUUUGCAUUUUGUUUAUUCUACAUUUUUAAGUACUUUUUCUUUUUUCUUCUUUCUUUUUUUUGCUUUACCUGAAAUUGUAACAAUUUUAUUAAUAUUUGUCCUUUCACAAUUGCAUUUUUAAGUUUUUCUUUUUCUUGAUUUUAACCAAAAAAUUAUGAGUACUUAUGAGCAAAUUGUGGCUUAUCACAGUUGAAUAUUUGGCACCAGAAUUCUCAGUUGAAUCUGUAAGAUGAAACAUCAGGUGCAGAGACCCACAUUUUUUUGUCACUUUUUUUCUACUUGUACUUACAUUCACCAUAAUGUCUCCUUCAUCGUGUUCCCUGUGAAAGAAGAAAGUCUUUAUCAAUCCGCAGCCAUUGUUUCAAUGUAUUCCACAAUGAAUGAACUGAAAUUAAUAUUUUUUAGUCCCAGCCCUAUUUUAACAUUUUUGCUUGUCGUCCAAAUCCCAGGUUUUUUGAACCUACAUUGCUUCCACACAUGGGAUUUAGUUUUGUUGAUGUUCUGGAUUACCGUCAGGACUCGCCUCUCUGUGUGGACUAGCUUUCCCGUUUGGGUUCGACUAUGCUUGUCUGAGUCCGUUCCGGGAAGCUGCUGCCCCCUGGUGUUCCCAUGAGAUCAUUACGAAUGACAUUUCAAAUGUAAUUAAAUACCUGAAAUAAAUAUAGAAUGAUAAUUUAAGAUGAAAAUAACUACAUGGGUGACUUUUUAAGAGUCGGGUAGAUGGCGCUGUCUGUCUGUACAUUUUUGAAAUAGUCAUUCUAAGCCCUGGAUUAUUGCAUCCACAGCGGCAGCUCUGUGAAUAAAGAUCUGUGAGACCAAAACAAAAGGGCUCAUUCUGCUUUGGUUGCUAGGCUCAUGCUGUCGUGUCAGUUUGGGUAAAAGUGGUCAUCCUUCGCUCCGUCAUGUCUUUCGCCGGGACGGAAGAGUAAAAGGCUUCUUCUUUCAGCAGUCCUCAGGUGAGCUGUCAGGAAAGGGUGAGGUCACCUUGAGCGAAUGAAAGGCAGCCGCUAUCUUGUCAUCAGCUAUUUCCGGGCCUCAAGGCUCCCACUGAGGGGUGAGCCACGGGGGAGAGUGAAGAGAGAGAGAGAGGGAGGACCACGUCCAAUUACCUGCCCUGUCAGAGUGACGGCUGAUAGAGGAAGAGAGGAGGACGGAGGAGCGUGAAAGGGACGGCCCUGACUCGCCCGCCUCACCCUCCUCGCCCGCCGUUCUAUCUUUGUCCUCCUCUGACUCACCUUUUGACUUCCUUUGUCUCCGCGGUUCCCGCCGCCAUCCCGACUGUCUCGGCCCGGGCCUGUCACUCACUCCCUCACUUCUGAGUGCAGUCGACUCUAACAUGACACGACGACAGGUUAAUACACCCGCGUCUCUCCGCUUCAUCCCCGCGGCCUCGUCUCACUCGGGGGAGGAAGAGAAACUCAGCCAUUACAGCUUGUCGGAAAUACAGGUGAUGGGAGCAUGUGGUUGACCUCCGUGACCUUUCGGUUUCCUUUCUCGGACCUCACUUUUAUUAGGAGCAUAUUUGCUGGAUGGGUUUCAUAUCCGACCCAAAGUUGUUCUCCCGAAUAAAGCGACACCUUUGUAAACCAACAGGAGCCUCUGUGCAGUCACAGAACUCUCUCUCUCUCUCGCUCGCCCCGUCCAAGGUCACAGCGGCCGCGACCUUUCAGAAGCUUGGAAACACUCAUUAAGCUCUUAAACAUGUCGGGUCACAGGUGAAGCUUGGGCUGCUUUUGUUGUUCAGCUCAUUGUUGAGAAUGAUAACUUCCGUGUCAAGUGCAGCUCCUGCGCCUUUAGGUCACACCGCCACCUGCGGCCACAUCUGAGUAGUGACAGUGACAUCUGGUGGUGGUUUCCAUUUCUUGUCUGACGCUCUGAAGUGCCAGUGACCUGAAGAGAGAAGUGCGCCGGCAGACUGAGGAUGUUCCAUGAUAUUUCAACAUGGCCUCCAUGUUUUAAACCAGGUUGGAUCAGAAGAAAUCAAAAGAUAUUUUGACCGAAUUGGAUAUUUAAUCAUCAUACUCCUUGAACUACUAUUAUGACUUGUGCAAGACAAGAAUGUUUGUGUUUCGAAAGAAGUCCAUACAUUUUUAUUUCAAAAUAAUGAUUUCUUAUUUCUAAUUAUUUCUUUAUUUUCACCAUCAAAUUAAGCAUCUUGGAUUGUUAAUGAUAAUCUAAAUAGAGUAACACACACUAUUCUGUGUUUCAUGGUAGACGAACCAAUAAUAAUAAUAAUAAUAAUAAUAAUAUCUGUAUUACGACUUUUUAAUAUUUGGAGAUCAGUAACAUUAUUAUUAUUAUUAUUAGUCCUAGUUAAAGGCUCACAUUCUUUGAAACAUUUGCAUAAUUCUGUUACUUUUGUCCUUUUAAUUUCUAGAUAAUAUUGAUAAUAUAAAUAAUGUUAAUAAUAUUAACUAAAAAAUAAAGUCAUAAAAGUGAAAAACAUGAAUUAUUUUGCCAUCUACAUAAAUAAAUAAACAGUUUCAAUCAUUUUCUACUUGUUUAAUCAAUUUCAUUCUUUCACUUCACUUUUUCAUUCUUUCAAGCUUUGAUCCUAUUUGAGUGCGAGGCGAGGGACACCCUGGACAGGUCACCGAUAGAGAGGACCACAUGCACUUUCAUGUUCACAUUCAAUUAAAGGUUUGGAUUCAUAUUCACCUGUUCACCUCACAUGACUCCCUCUGAUAUUAUAUUAUUUUUCGAGAUGAUAUAAAGCCGCAUGUCUGAAUGGCAAUACUGUAUUUACGAUUGUACAUAAGAAAGAUGUUGUUGGAGAUCAAAAACUGUAUAAGUCUAUAAAUAAUUGCUGCUAUAAGAUCUGUACAUGACACUUCUGUGACAAAUGAAAAGUGAAUGUUUGUACUGUAAAUGUGAAUAA